CAGGGGCGGACUGACCAUUUGGAAGCUCAGGCACAGCCCGAGGGCCCGGGGUCAGUAGGGGGCCCCAUGAGAUGCCCCUGGUACCUUUUUCAUAGGCUUUUUUUAGUUUGGGGGAGGACACAGGGGCCCCAUAAUCCCCUAUUGCCCGGGGUCCCCAUGAGUUGUCAGUCCGCCCCUGGUUCAAACUCACGCUUCCUCUUCUCUCUGGGCGGACUGACCAUUUGGAAACUCGGGCACUGCCUGAGGGCCCGGGGUCAGUAGGGGGCCCAUAAGAUGCCCCUGGUACUUUUUUCAUAGGCUUUUUUGAGUUUGGGCAAGGACACAGGGGCCCCACGAUCCCCUAUUGCCUAGGGGCCCCAU